GGACUGGAGAGACCACACUGCCGAGGCAGCCCUAUGUCUCAGACAGGGCUCCCUUCCCCAGCUCCACCCUGUGGCUGUGAUGGCGGACCCUGCCCUGUCCAGGUAUCUGUCCCUCCUCCUCCUGUCCCUGGCUAUCUGUUGGACGUCUGCAGCAGUGAAAGACACUUCCCAGCUCACGUGCUUCUACAACUCGAGAGCCAACAUCUCCUGCACCUGGAGCCCAGAUGGGGGUCUGCAGGGCACAUCCUGUGAAAUCCAAGCCAAGUCCAUCCAACGGUCGGAGAGAACAUCAUCCUGUAAUCUGCUCCAAGAGACACAGACAUCCUGGGCCUGUAACUUGAUCUUUGGAGAACCAGAAUCUCAGAAGCUGACCUCAUCUGACAUCGUUAACCUGAAGGUGAUAUGCCAUGAAAGGAUGGUGAUGAGCAAGGACUUCAAGCCCUUUGAUAACCUUCGCCUGAUGGCUCCAGCGUCUCUCAAAGUCGUCCGUGUGGGGACCCACAGUUGCAACAUAACCUGGGCCAUCUCCCAGAUCUCCCACUACAUUGAAAGCAAGUUGGAAUUUGAGGUCCGGACACGGUCUCCAGACGCCAGCUGGGAGGAGGCCCCCCUGCUGGCCCUUAAGCAGAAGCAGCAGUGGAUCUGCCUCGAGACACUCACCCCAGACACCCACUAUGAGCUUCAGGUGCGGGUCAGGCGCCAGCCAGAUGACCAGCACCAGGUGGAGCUGUGGAGCCCCUGGAGCCAGCCUGUGGAUUUUAGGACAAAGCCUGCAGCCCCCGGGAAGGAGACCCCGCCCUUCCCUUGGAUCCGCCACAUCAUUGGGAGCCUCAUCAGUACCAUGUGCUUCAUCGUCUUAGUCUGCUUGCUGGUCAACUGCAAGGCCAUCGGGCCCUGGCUGAAGAAGUUUCUGAAGUGUCACAUCCCAGACCCCUCGGAGUUCUUUUCCCAGCUGAGCUCAGAGCAUGGAGGAGAUUUCCAGAAGUGGCUCUCGUCACCCUUCCCCUCAUCCUCCUUCAGCCCUGGCGGCCCAGCGCCUGAGAUCUCCCCACUGGAAGUGCUGGAGAGGGACACCAAGGCUGCCCAGCUGCUGCUGCUGCAGCAGGAGAAGAUGGCCUCGCCCUCACCCUCCACCAGUGGCCACUCGCUCACCAGCUGCUUCACCAACCAGGGCUACUUCUUCUUCCACCUCCCGGAUGCCUUGGAGAUCGAGGCCUGCCAGGUGUACUUUACUUAUGAUCCUUGCACAGAGGAGGAACCCGAGGACGCUGGGCCUGGGGUGCCCACAGGGCCUCCCCUCCCGCCCCUGCAUCCUUGGUCAGGGGAUGGUGAUGCCUACUGUACCUUCCCUCCUGGGGAGGACCUGCUGCUCUUCUCCCCCAGUCUCCUCAGUGGUCCCAGACCCCCAAAUACUGCCCUCGGGGGCAGUGGGGCUAAUGAAGAGAGGCCGCCCCCCUCCCUGCAGGCGGGAGCCCCUGGACACUGGGAUCUUCAGCCCCCGAGGCUUCCUACCCCAAGAGCUCCUGACCUGGUGGAUUUCCAAUCCUCUCCGGAGCUGGCGCUGGGAGAGGCUGGGGAGGAGGUCCUUGCUCCUGGCCCUGGAGAGGGGGCAAGUUUCCCCUGGGCCAGCCCUCCUGGGGAAGGCCAGGGCAGGGCCCUUAUCUCUUCCCUGAGCCCCAUCACUGAUGCUUACCUGUCCCUCCAAGAACUCCAGGAUCAGGACCCCGCUCACUUGGUGUAGACAGAUGGCCAAGGGUGGGAGGCAGGAAACUGCCUGCUGCUACCCCAGGCCUGAAGGGGGCCCAAUUGAGGUCUCUGUUCUCAAGACUUGUCCAUUGCUGAGGGAACUUGGUGUCCAGCUCCCUCCUGGACAUCUCCACCCAGAUGGCCCUCCAGCCCUGCACACUUG